AUGUCACAGUCCGGCUCUGGAGGGGUGGACGAUAAUCAGGAACAGAGUCAGGUCGGUCAAACGAUGGAGAAUCAACAGACAACGUGUCAGAACGGACGGGCUGAACCGCCAGCCGAUAAUGCCAAACAAGAUUUGUCUAAUGGCUUUGAGAAUCGGACUAUCGAGUACGACAGGUUCACUCAAGACAGAUCUCAGCAGAAUCCGUCGACCGGUCAGAACCAAGAACAACAACAACAGCAACAGCAAACUCAGCAGACUGGUCAAUAUCCGACUGGAAGGAAGCAAUCUGUGGCUGGGGUCCCUGAAGACAGACAUCCCCCGACAGGACAACUUCCUCCACAACAGUACCCUCAAGAAAAAACCACUCUCGAGAGAGCGCAGCACGUCUCUCAAACUAGCACUCAAACUUUGCCUGUCCAGGCGCAGCCACAGUUCGUGCCUGAUUACGAUCAGACCCAGUACACGCAGAUCCGAAGUCAGUUCGAGGUGAGGCCGCAAAUGUACCCUCAGCAGACGCAAUACGCUGAAAGAGCCGGUUACGUGACCAGAGACGUCACGUACAGAGAUCAAGCGUUGUAUCAAGGAGGGACGGCUAACCCCGUGUUCACUGGUCAAGGUCAGUACGUAACAGUGCAACACGGGUCGCAGAUGCCCUCCCAGUCGGCCAGUCCUCAACCACCAUAUUUCUCAGGCGUAGUAGUGCCCCAACCGCCAGGCUACGUGCAGUUCGGCACCCAACCGCAAUACUCCUACAGCCAAUAUCCCCAAACUGUGAUGAACGCAGUUCCGUAUAAUCCUCACGCGGGCAUUUACCCAGCUCAACAGUUUGGUCAGCAGUCACCGAAUCCUCAGAGAUUUUCUCAGGAGUUGGGUCAGUACCAGACUCAGCCGAUCAUUCAGCCGAUUGCUCAGAACGUCGGUCACGGAAUGGCGAUGGCGACGACCGAACGACCCAGUCGCGGGCCAAAACCUAUGGUACCGCCGAGGGGGAACUCGAAGAUCACCCACGACACUGGGCACCGAAAGUCGGCGAGUGUAGACGUGCCCGGCAUGCAGAAACCCAAGUACGAUCCUAAUCAGAAUCUGCCGCAAGAACAAAUUCAUCGUAGUGACGGAGCAAUCAUUGUUCAGGGGACGCAGAUCGUUUCCGACGGCCAAGAUCGGAGAUAUCUAACGACUAUUAAUCAAAAUCCCAGGACAAGACAGGAUGGGUUGUAUGUGGACACAAAUGGAGAUCCUCCUGGCCGAGAGAAAAUGUGCGAAGCAGUGGGCACAGAUUGCGGACUCUAUGUAACGAGACCUGAACAUAGGAAGUCUAUAUCGGUGGACGUUACGUCUAGUUUUCCGCGACGGAAUGACACAAUUACUUUCACGUUUCCCGGUGACACUAGUCAAGAAAUAUUAAUGCCGGUCAGAAAGACCGGAACCAUGGUGGAUCCGAAACGAGCCGAAGCCAAUCAAGUGUACCCGCCUGAUCAAAGGCGGUUGGAUACGAGCUUGAGAGUAUCGCCGAUGGCUUUUGAUACGAGACAAGAAAAUAGGAAAAGUAUGGGAGCUGACAGAAAGCCCGAAUGGGGCAACGUGAGCCCUAAUCAAAGAGUCGCGAUGCCGCAAGAAAACAGACGAUCUGAUUACUUCGAGGAGCAUAGAAGAUCGCCUAUGACUAUAGAGGGCAAGAGAAUGGAGGACGUAAGGAGAUCGCCGAUGCCGUUCAUGCCGAUCAGGGAAGGUUCCGUGGAUCGUGCCGGACAAAAGAGUCCGUCGUUCGUAAACCAGAAUUUCGAGAAGACCAGACAAGAGCUCGCAAUAUGGGCCGAGCAGAAGCAACGGCAGGAACACGAGAGAAGCAUGAUGCAGAACCAACUGCUUUCGACUAGUCCACGUUCCCGCAAUCAUUCCGAAGAGAGAAGAGAUCAGAGACCCUUGCACCAGCAGGACGAACGUAAGGAGACCAGAAUGACCCAAUCAGCCUUCCAACCGAUUCCAAAUAUCAGUCAGAGCACGAUAAUGGAACAGAGACGCCAUUUGCGACACGUAAGCGCGGAUCUAACGAAGCACAUGGAGCUAUCCAGGAAGGAAUUCGAUGAUCAACCAAUUAGCGGUUCGGUAGCUAAUCUUGGUCCACCAGUCAGCACAGUUUCGUCCCAAAGAGCCAGUCCUAACAUAUGUCACCAGUAUCCAGCUCUCAGCGAGGCAAAGUUAGAUACCAAAACUGUAUUAACAGUGGUCACAGAUUUUGGCGAGAGUAGCCUUAACAAACCGAUAGAUCAGGUCGAUCAUAUAAUUCACAGUCACCGUAAAAGUCACAACGUCUCGAACAAUUUGCUGACCCAUAGCAAGAGUCAGACAGACAAUCUUCAGAGUCAGCUCGACGCACAAAACGAGAAAUCCGAUACUCUCCAGGCGCAGCAACAACAACUGCAAAACCAACAGAGCCUCGAUUUGAUUUCCGAGAAGCUCAGCCAAUUCGAACGUCAACAGAGCGAUCUUCAGGCGAAACUACAAUGCCUACAUAAUCAGAACCAGAUCCUUGAUAAGGUGGCCCAGUUCCAGCAUCAGCAGAGUGACUUACAGGCCCGUCUACAGAGCCUACAGACGCAGAACCAGUUGUGCGAUAAACUGCAAAGAUCCACGGAUUUCCAGCAACACACGGCCGGAAACGAGAUUCAUCAGAUCCAAUCGAAUUCUCUGUCCAACCACCAGGAAUCGAUGUGCGAUAAGACUUGCUCGUCUUCGCAAACCCAGCACGCGUCGCAUAGUCAUCAUCAAACGUUAUUGACCGCCGCCUAUGCACAGAACUCUAAUCAUCAAUCCUGCCAAUCGUCUGUCUGCGAGAAACUAUCGCCUAGGCUUCAACACGACACCAGCGACCCGAAUUCUAUUCAGAUACCGAACAUGUCACAGAUGCCAUUGCCCUGUCUCCCGCAAUUCGACCGUACCGACGCGUCACGUGCUUCGUUCUCGCAGUUUCAUCGGCUUCAAUGUCAGAUUGAAGGACACGAGGCAGCACCCACCGCAUCGUUCACGGGCACCCUGAAGAAAGUACCUCCCGAAAAGCCACCGAGAACUUCGCUCAUUGUACAAUCGCCCGAAUCCGAGAGCAACAGAAGCCAGCCAGCCAUCGGACUGAAGCAGACGCCGAAGGCGAGGGUAAGUUUAUUCCAUAAAUAUGCACCGCGCCCCAUUCUGCACUGUGUUGCCGUUAGUUUUUGCACGGAGUUAAAAAGUGCAAUGUCUCGUGGAAAAGGACUUUCAGAUAGAGAAAACGCCAUGAUCGAUGCUUUUCACAUUGAAUGCAAAAGUUACAGUUAUUUUAAACCAAUCAAGUUAAAAUAUAGAACAAAUCAUGUAAAACAAAAGAUACUCUUGUUGAUUGUCAAUACAAUUUUAGCUACUAAAACUAUUAUAACAUCUUUGGACAUUGUUAGGAUGAAAAUGAUACGAAUAAAAAAGGAAUAUAAAUCAGCCAGAGUUUUAUUCGCUAAAGCAAACACAAGUACAGAUUGA